CAGAGAUUUUACUCCUUUUUAUUAUUCCACGUUCGAAAUUUAACAGGAUCUCUUCAAUGCGAUAUGAAUGUUGUGCUUGUAACUGGCGGUAGCGGCCUCGUUGGUAGAGCUAUUCAAAAUGUUAUCGAGAAUGACAAAAGAGAAAACGAGAAGUGGAUAUUUGUUGGAUCCAAAGAUGCAGAUUUGUGUGAUAAGGAGAGUACACGUAAGUUAUUCGAGUAUCAUAAACCAACACAUGUCAUUCACUUAGCUGCUAUGGUCGGUGGUCUCUUCCACAAUAUGUCACAUAAUUUAGACUUUCUGCGAAAUAAUAUACACAUGAAUGAUAACGUUCUACAUAUGGCUUACGAGAACAAUGUCAUGAAAGUUGUCUCAUGUCUUUCCACUUGUAUAUUUCCUGAUAAAAUAUCUUAUCCUAUAGAUGAAACUAUGGUACACAAUGGACCACCACAUUCUUCAAAUUAUGGUUAUAGUCAUGCCAAGCGACUCAUAGAUGUUGCUAACAGAGGUUACUAUGAUCAGCAUGGCAGGCUAUAUACUAGUGUAAUUCCUUGUAAUGUAUUUGGUCCACAUGACAACUUUCAUCCUAAUGAUAGUCAUGUAAUACCUGGUUUAAUGCGAAGACUUUACGAUUUAUGCAAAGAUGGAAAUACAGAAGAUAAAGUGUUUACUGUAUUGGGUUCUGGUAAACCCUUAAGACAAUUUAUCUAUAGCAUAGAUUUAGCAAAAUUAAUAAUUUGGGUAUUGCGAGAAUAUAAUUCUGUGGAACCAAUUAUACUAUCGGUGGACGAAGCGCAAGAAAAAUCGAUAGCACAAGUAGCAGAGACGUUAGCGCAAACUUUUGAAUUUAAGGGAAAGGUGAUAUAUGACACGUCGGCAGCGGAUGGACAAUUCAAAAAAACAGCAAGCAAUGCAAAAUUACGGAAGUACCUACCUGAUUUUCAGUUUACGCCUUUCAAACAAGCGAUUAAAGAGACAGUUGAUUGGUAUAUAAAAAACUACGAUCAAGCGAGAAAUUAAAAUAAUGGAGUUGCAAAUUUUGA